AUGACCACUCAAGGCCCCCUAACUCAAUGGCUCCUCGCAGCCACCCCUCAAUCCCUCAAACGUGCCACCACCCAUCCAUUCCUCGCCGCCGCCGGUAGCGGCACCGUCUCCAAAGACACACUCUCGCAAUGGCUCUCCCAAGACCGACUCUACGCGCAAUCUUACAUUCGUUUCAUCGGCAUGCUCCUCGCCAAAAUCCGUCUGCCUGCUCAAUCUUCCUCCACGCCAAGCUCCAUUUCUCCCCCGCCCCUGCCCCCGUCGUCGUCGUCGUCUCCACGCCGCCCCAUGACUAUUGAGCAGAGCAUCGUCGACAUUCUGAUCGAUGCCCUGGUCAAUAUCCGGGCGGAACUGCACUUUUUCGAAACCACGGCUGCAGAGUACGGUCUGGAUCUUACGGCGUUGCCGGCGUGCGAAGGGCUCGAGACCAGGUCCGCGAGCAGUGGACAAUCUGUUCCCAUUGCGACUUCGGCGGGCAUCUUGACGACGGGACCAGGCUCGUGUCCCGGGUUCACGGGGCGAGUGUGUUCCGGUACGAGCGUCUCGGUGGGUGGAGCCGAGUCGGGCGAAAUCGAGGACGAUGUCUCGAUGACGAAGAAUGAUCUUGAUCAUUCUCAUCAACAGCAGCAGCAGCAGACGGAUUCGGAUAUUCCCCGUGAGCAAUUACAUAAAUUAUGUAAAGCCCAGGGCGAAUGUCAAACUCCCGGUGCAACGGGCACAGGUGAUCCCACCAUGCCCAAUCCCCCGGUGUCAACACCAGACUGUGAACCAUGUCAACCCUCACGCUUGACGACGGGUCCACCGUUGGAACAAGGCCCGGUCUUGUUCACAGCUAACCCAAUCACACGGGCUUACAUCGACAUGUUCAUGUCAGCCGCGAGUCCCGGCGUGAGUCCAAUUGAGGGAAUCACCGUGCUCUGGGCAACGGAGAUAUGUUACCUGCGAUCGUGGCGCUAUGCCGCCUCGUAUGGGCGGAAGAAGAAGAAGGAAACGGCGGCGGCAACAGCAGCAGCGAUGACGGAGAAUCGAGAUGCGGACGGGGGUGCAUUACGAGACCGGUUUAUUCCGAACUGGUCGAGUCGGGAGUUUGAAGAGUUUGUGAAUCGGAUCGGGGAUGUGUUGGAUGAAAUGGUGGGGUCGUUCAAGGGCGCCGAGGAGGCGGAGGGGAUUCGGGUGAGAUGUUUGGAUUGGUGGAGGCAGGUGGUUUGGCUGGAGGAGAGAUUCUGGCCAUCAAUGGAGUAG